UUGGUCGGCUGCUCCCUGCAUCAGUCAAUGGAGGAGCGAGCUCCCAAACGGCGGCCACGCCGACGACCCAGCUCCAUCACCCCCCUGUCCCCCGCCCGGCAUCUGUACUGGGCCGAGGCCGCGAUGCAUCGAUCCGGCGCACAGGUCCCUGCUCCCAGCCGGCGGAGAGAGCGCGCGCAGCGGCGGAGCACUGCUCGUGACGGACGGCCUCUCAGGCUGCAAAGCAUGUUGUGGCUGCGGCGGGGGCGGUGCGUUCAGCUCCUGCCUUCAGGGCGCCUGCUGCAAAUACACCUUCUGGAGCAGGUAGUGUGCUUAGCAAUUUACAGCAGAGGUACCUAUCAGGCUUUGUUGGAAUUUCAAAUGCAGCAAGGGAGGAAGUAA